AUGUUGUGCACAAGGAGAGGUGGUGGGAGGAUUGGUUCAGCAACUAUAGGUACUCAAGAGAGUGUGGUUCAACAAGUUCCAGUUGUUGAUGAGGGUGAAAAUGUGAUGGGUGAUAAUGUGGCUCAAAGUGUGGUUCAACAAGUUCCCGUUGUAGAAGAAGGUGUUGUGCAGGAAGUUCCAGUAAUUCAUAUUCAAGAUGGUCAUAUGAUGCAAGAAGGAGAAAAUAGUCAAGCAAGUGUGAUGGAAGGUAGUGACACUUUUGGGCAAGUGGGAUCCAGUAUUGGUAGGAAGCUUAAAUCAAUAAAUGAUGAAAUUGAACAAGCGACUUUAGAUCUAGAUGUAGGCCUUCCUGCCUUGUUCUCACUGUCAAGUGUGUUCAUCGUUGAAAUGGCGAUAGCGGGGGAGGACGGCUGGUUUUCCGGCGUGUCUUCUCUCAGUUGGUCUAGCUUCGUCGGCGACGGUGUGAGCUGUAGCAACGAAGAGGAUGUAAAUGAUUUCAUUGAUGGUCAUCAUUUUGAUGAUGAUGUUGGUCUGGAUGGUGGAGCUGAAGGUGUUGGAGAUGAAGUUGUUGGUGAUGGUGGUCUGGAUGAUGAUGUUGGUUUGGAUGUUGGACCUGAUCAUGGUGCUGGAUAUGAAGUUGUUGGUGAUGGUGAUGAAGAAGGUCCUGGUGGUGGAGAUGUUGAUGAUGGUGAUGGGCCUGAAGGUGAUGGUGAUGAAGAAGGUCAUGGUGGUGGAGAUGUUGAUGAUGGGCACCCCCAAAAUUUCUUGCUUGGAUUUUCUGGUGUGCACGAAACAAACACAUGGCAUAAAUCUUCACACCAACACUUCACUUCGAUCUUCUUCUUGAAUCGUGAAUGUGAAUGCGAGCUUGAUUUUGCAGAAGAUGUUGGCAUUUUGCGUGGGAGAAUAUUUUGCGUAGGAUAUUGCGGUGCGAGAGGAUGCAAGAAACAGGGUGGUAGGGAAGGGUUAUGUGGGGAGAGGGUUGGGGCCCACAUUGUUUGA